GUGACAUUCUUUUGUUCUACAUUCAUUUUCGAUUCAAAUUAAGUUCAACAAUUGUUCAUGGGUUAAGAAUGAGUUCUAAGUAGCAAUCACAACCCACAUAGCCCUACGAACCCUCUCGAAAUUCAACAGCUUUGAAGAUUGAAAUGAAACAAAGAGCAGCUUUUUUUAAUACCAGAGCUCGUCUACGGCGGAAAGGCGCGCGCUUUAGAAGCUGGGCAGGGCGGGGAAAUCAAAUGAGAGCCGCUAACUGCAUUAGCGAGUGACCGUUGGAGUAAUGUUUGAAAUCGCUAGGGUUCUCCUCUUCUUUCUGAAUUAUGAUUUAGCGGUUUCCAUAAAACGCAACUCUCGCAAACGUAAUACGGUAGUCUAUCUCUUCGGGGGUUUCUUCUGGCUUCGUUCUCCUCCCUCCAAAGCGAAAACGGAAUUCUUUUCUCGUCCAUCGCCGUCGGCGCCCGACGGGGCUUUUUUCCCGAGGUUUCCCCGUUGUUUGUUCUAGUGAACGGGAAAUCAAGGGUUGUAUUGAACGGAGAAGAGAAAUUUGAUUGUGUGGCGAUGACGGCGGCUGCGGCGGCUUUCGGCUUAGUGAACAGAGGCGGCGGCGGUGGCGCGGCCAAGAAGGUGUUGAUAACGGGAGUGAGCCGAGGACUGGGUAGAGCGCUGGCAGUGGAAUUGGCUAAGAGAGGGCAUACGGUAAUCGGGUGUUCCCGAACUCAAGAUAAGCUGAAUGCACUCAUCUCCGACCUAGCCUCCUCCGACCGCCACCUCCUCCUUAACGCCGACAUCAGGUCCGACAGUAGUGUGGCAGAGCUCGCUGGAGUGGUAAUGGAGAAGAAGGGGGUUCCUGACAUCAUAGUGAACAAUGCGGGAACUAUUAACCAGAACAACAAGAUAUGGGAGGUGCCGCAGGAGGAAUUUGAUGCUGUGAUUGAUACGAAUGUGAAAGGGGUGACGAAUGUGUUGCGGCAUUUCAUCCCUCUGAUGCUUCCCAACAAGCAAGGGAUUAUUGUCAACAUGUCCUCUGGAUGGGGAAGAUCCGGUGCUGCACUGGUACUACCUAUUUCUUCUGCUUUCUCUCUUGCUUUCUGCAGUUCUGUUGCACCUUAUUGUGCAUCGAAGUGGGCGAUCGAAGGUUUGUCAAGAUCAGUGGCGAAAGAGCUGCCUGAUGGGAUGGCAAUCAUUGCACUCAAUCCAGGAGUGAUCCACACAGACAUGCUUUCCUCAUGCUUUGGCACUUCAGCUUCUCUUUACCAGGCUCCAGAUACAUGGGCAGUGAAGGCAGCUACCAUGAUUCUCAAUCUAACUGGUGCGGACAACGGUGCUUCUCUUACGGUGUGAAAACAUUCAUGGGGCCACAGUUUCCUUGUUGAAGAACUAUAUAUUUAGCUCAGAAAUUUAGUUCAUGUUUCUUGUAGGCGAUUCUUUUCUAUCUUGUAACCUUUACUCUGUAUGUGCAAGAAAAGUGCUUCAUGAAUCCUAUGCAGCAACUAGAUAAUUGUAAUUGAAGCCAACUUUUGCAGUAGGCCUUCUUUCUUGGUCAAAAUGCUUAGACAAAACUCCAUCCAGUAGUCUUCUCUAUACCCUGUUCCUUCAUCAUCUCUCUUGCUCGUUCCGACUCCUUCCACUUUCCAAUGGAGCUAUACAUAUCAGACAAUACUAUAUAGUAUCCAUCGUUUUUCGGAUCCGUCUUAAUCGCUUGCUUUGCUAUCCUUAUCCCUGUUAUGAAGUCGUCAUGAAUCUUACAAGCGCCUAACAAAGCACCCCAGAUGCCACCAUCAGGACAAAUGGGCAUUGACAAAACCAACUCUUCAGCCUCAAGUAAACUGCCUGAUCUUCCAAGAACGUCCACAAGGCAAGCAUAAUGCUUAAGAUUUGGCCUCACAGAAUGUUGUUUCAUUUUCCCAAAUAGGCGUUUCCCUUCCUCAACAAGACCCGAGUGUGCACAAGCUGAAAGGAGAGACAGGAACGUUAGGGAAUUUGGCUUGAUAUUUGUCUGCUCCUCCAUUUCCUCGAAUAUCUCGAUUGCAGAUAUCGCAUCUCCAUGCAUUGCGUACCCUGAUAUCAUAACAUUCCAGGAAAUGGAAUCUUUGACUUUCAUUGAGUUGAAUAUUUCUCUUGAUUUGUCGAGUCGACCGCAUUUGGCAUACAUGUCGACUAAAGCAGUUGCAAGAGAUACAUUUUGCUCAUCAGUCCUAAUCAAACGGUGAACCUUUUCCCCUUUCUGAAGGUCAGCAAGAUGAGAGCAAGCAGAGAGCACCGUUGCAAAUGUGGCGGAGUUAGGAUUAACAUUUUGCUGUACCAUUUCCUCAAACAAUGCAAUAGCCUCCACAAAACACUUCCCAUGACAGUAUACUGCGAUCAUUGUGUUCCAAGAGACAACAUCUCUAUGAGACCCACGAAAAAUCCUUUCUGCAAUGGUCAACUUACCACUCUUUCCAUACAUGUCGAUGAGUGAAUUGACAACAGAGUUAUUGUCUUCCAUGAAAUUCUUCAUAGUAUAACAGUGUAAGGAGCGGCAAAAGGUGGCAGUCGCUCCCAUCUGGGAACAAGCAGAGAUUACAGCGACCAAUGCGUUGGGAUCUGGUUUGAAGCCCAGUUUUUGCAUCUCUCUGAAAAGGUCUAUGCACUUGUCUUCCCUUCCCGCCUUGGCAUAACCACAUACCAUGGAAUUUGAAGACUCAGUAUUCUGUUUGUUUAGCCUAUGAAAGAGCUUCUCUGCUGGUCUUAUAUGUCCCAACUUGCAGUACAUAGAUAGCAAUGCAUCAGUGACAAUCUGAUCUAGGGCAAAGUUUCUUCUUAUGAUAGUACAAUGAAAAGCUUUUCCUUCAGUCACACUCGAUGAAUUACCAAAACCCAGAAGCAUGCAACUCAUAACAAUCCCAUCUGGAUUCAAGCCAACACCUAGCAUAUCCCAAAACAAGGACAUGCAAUCAUUCAUAAGUCCUAGCCUAGCAUGAAUUCCUAUAAUUGAUGUCCAUGAGAAAAGAUCCUUAUUGUACACUUCGGAGAAAGAACCGAGAGCUUCUUCGACGCUUCCAAGCUUGGAAUACAUUGACAAAAGGGAAGACUGAAUAACUUGCGAACACCAAAGUCCAGUUUUCACAGCAAAACCAUGUAAACACUUACCUUCAACCAAAGCACCCAAAUUCCCACAGGCUUGAAAUCCUCCUUCAAGUGUCCUAAAAUUCAUUCUCUCUCCAUCGAGAUCAUUCCCAUGCAUCUCACGGAUACACUCUAGACCCCUUUCACUCUGACCAUUCUGUACAUAGCCUAUUAUAAGAGCAGUCCAUGACACUACAUCUCUUUCAGAAAUUUCGUUGAACACAAGAGAUGCAUCAUUCAUGACCCCACACUUUGCGUACAUGUAUACAAAAGAUGACCAGACUGCUGAGUUCUCCAUGAAAAGGCCAGACUUUACCACUAAACCAUGUGCAGUUUUCGCCUCCUUCAGCCACUGAAGCUCAGCACAGGAGGAAACAACCAUGGGAAUAGUGAACUGACUGGGUGAUGCAUUAUGCAACCGCAUCCGGAUAUAAAAGUCGAAUGCCACAGCAUAAUUACCAUUCGAGAAGUGAGAGUGGAUAAUGGAGUUCCAAAGAAAUGUGUCCUUCUCGUCGACCAGCUCAAAAAUUUGUCUGGAGCAACGGGUUUGGUUGAAAGCUGCAUAGAAAGCAAUGAGCUUUGAUGAUACAAAUACAUUCCCUGCAUUUCCUGUGGUGAUGAUGAGAGCAUGGGAUUGCAGAAGCUGCUGCAAAGUAGCAGGGGUUUGGUUGGAGAGAAAGGAGUUUAUAUGAGAGUUCAAGUAAUAUGUAGCUGAGUGAUAGCCCGAAUAACCACGAAUAUAUGAAUCACUGCACCAGUUGAAGAAGAGAUGGCAGGGAAGUUUCCGUGCAAGCAUUGGAGGGAUUGCUUUUGAUUUCUCAUGACUGAAGCUUCAGAUAUGAAAUUGAACUCUUGGCAUCUGCAAUUUCUCCACCGUCAUUUAUUGCCAAGCAACUCUGAUCACCACAACGCACAACCUUUAUAGCCAUUCGGAGAUGACGCAAGUCACGUAACUAACAAUUCCAAGUUGAACAAGAAGAACAACGGAAAGGGUUGAUAUAGAAGAAGGAAGCAAUUGUAUCUCAGACAUAUAGCUACACAUCCGUGCUAACAGUCACUAAAAAGAUGAGAGCCAGAGCAGUUUAUGUAUGAGAGGAACUGAAAUUUCGCAACAGAGAAAAUCAAUUUUGUUCAAUC